CACAAUAAGUUGCAAGUUGUAUUAACACUGCAUGAUUGAAGUAUGAAGCACUGAAGGAGAACUCGGUUCUGAAUGAAAGAUGUUUACAGCACUUUAUUUUUGUUUUGUAACCCAUCUAUUCUUUGCUUUAGAAUCACUCAACGUUUACUGAUUCAUCUCACUGCUCAUAAUCUGUUCUACAAAGUGUUGAGAUUCCUUGAGACUACUGCCAGGUCAUGGUGGGUCACGAGCUGGCUUCCAUCAUGGUGCCCAUCAUCACUCUUUCAGCUGAAGGAGGCAGAGGACAAGAUGCUGCAGUCAAUCUCAGGAAGUUUCUCAAAGCAAUACGUAUACAUAUCUGAUGGGAAUAGGCUCUGGACUCUGAGAUGCAGUGGGGAUAUGGAAGGGAAGACCCCUAUGGUUCUGCUGCAUGGCUUUGGGGGCGGGGUGGGUCUCUGGGCCCUGAACCUGGAGCCCUUGUCCCAGCAGAGGCCAGUCUACGCCCUUGACCUAUUGGGCUUUGGCCUGAGCAGCCGACCGCACUUCAGCACAGAUGCCAAAGAGGCUGAAAAUCAGUUUGUCGAGUCCAUAGAGCAGUGGAGAGCAAAGGUUGGGCUAGAAACCAUGAUUCUGCUUGGUCACAACUUUGGUGGCUAUUUGGCAGCUGCAUAUUCACUACAGUAUCCAUCCAGAGUGAAGCACCUGGUUCUUGUGGAACCUUGGGGUUUCCCGGAGAGACCUGACAUCCCUGACCAAGAUCGCCCCAUUCCGCUGUGGAUUAGAGCUCUCGGGGCGAUGCUGAGCCCUUUCAACCCGCUGGCUGGCCUGCGACUAGCAGGCCCACUCGGUCCCAUGCUAGUACAGACACUCAGGCCUGACUUCAAGAAAAAGUUCUCUUCCAUGUUCAGUGACAACACUGUUACUGACUACAUCUACCAUCUGAAUGUUCAGACUCCCAGUGGGGAAACUGCUUUCAAGAAUAUGACCAUUCCAUAUGGGUGGGCGAAGAGGCCCAUGCUGCAGAGAAUCGGCCAGAUUCACCAGGAUAUCCCCAUAUCUGUGAUUUACGGCUCCCGCUCCAGCAUAGAAGGCAACUCCGGCAGUCGGAUUGAAGACUUGAGGCCGAACUCGUAUGUGGAGACCAUCACCAUCCGUGGAGCGGGCCACUAUGUGUACGCCGACCAGUCGGACGACUUCAACCAGAGGGUCUUGCAGAUCUGCUCCACGGUGGAUUGAGGGGCAAGAUCGGGUGGUGUUCAGUCAGGGUCACUCACAGUGCCCAUCUUCAACGCUACUGUAAGUGUCUCUUUCCAGAAGGACAGUUCCUCUGUUGCGCCCCCCCACGUUGGUCUCCUUUUCACUGCAGCACUGGAUUGUUUAGAAAUUUCACGUCACAUUAACAUCCCAACAGUUGAAAGUUCAUGUUAACUGGAAGAUAUAAAGAUAGAAAUGCUAUCACUAUCGUAUUUUUCACUAAAUUUUAAUAUUCCUUGUGAAAAUAAAUAUUUAUUACCAGGGUAACAUCAUAGAACAGAAAACAGUGGAAUGCACUGGAAAUGCAUCGGAAAUAAUUUGCAGUUUAACAGUUUGGAAAUGAAUCAACGGGAAAUUUGAUUUUUGAUCAGAUUGAAACCGUUUUCCUCAAGUAUAAUAGUAUUACAUUCCUGUUUCAGGAUUUGGUAAACCCAUAACAAACAUCUGUACUGCAUAGAUUCCUUUCAGGUGUUUACUUCAGCACAGUAUGUGAAAUGUGUCUAGUUGCUAAAUUAAUGCUAAAGGUACAGCAACCUGGAUUUAGUAAUUCUCUGUAUAUUUAUAUACAUUUUAUAUUGAUGAUUAUUUUAAUUUUCUUUUUUUUCUUGGUUUGUUGGAAUGUGGUGCAUGCUAGCAGUGUCUGGCAAUAUUACAUUUUGUUUAUUAUUCAGUAACUUGAGUUUUGUAAGUGCCACUCGUGUGCACCUGACACCUCAGCACUCAUUGUCUGGAAGGCAGCGUUUCUGAGAAAUUAGGUGAAAAGACACAACACAUGGUGGAUAUGUUCUGGCCCCAGCUGGAAUUCAGUGUUACAAAAAGCCUCUUUUGUUUUUAAUGGUGCUGUAGACUUCAACCUCAGGAAUUUUUCUUUUUCCUUUUUCUUGACUUGUUUUCCUACAGUGUGAUAGUAGUCAUUGAUCACAGGCCACUUCCCUGUUAAGUUUUUCUAUAUAUGUAUACAGAGUGCCAAAGCUCUUCUAGGGACAUCUUUUCUGUCCUCUCACUAUUUAAAAGUCAGGGUAACAAACAAGCUCAACACAGAAUCCGCAGCCUCCUUUCUGUGCAGUCCAGUAUCAUGCAGUAGGUUUCUAUUUUUGAUCAUCUGUAGCUUUCAUUAACUUUCCUUAUCCAUAACACUGUGCGGUGAGUUCCUGGCUGCCAAGUGGAGCUAGCAGGAGUCUGUGACUUUUCACAUGUGGUCGAAUUUUGAAUUUAUAGACUAUUGAAUAGAGUUUAACAUGUUAUUUGAGAUUUUUCUACUGAAUAUUCUGGCUGUUACAUGGAUUGUAACAGUGAAAUGUCUUUCAAGAGUCAUCUUCCUAAAUUAUGACGAGAACAACAUAUUCCACACAAGUAUCUUGUUCAUGAAGUCUACCUCAUAGCUAGGAUUGCCCUGUCAAGUUCUCAAUCAUCUUAAAACAUACAGGAGUGUGUGCACAAGUUAAAACUUGCUGGGUUAGUAUUAAUUUUCUCUGCUGUUUCACAGCCUAUUGAACUUUUAGCAGCCCUACAGCAACUGCAGCAAGCCUAGUUUUCCAGAUCUUAUUUCAUAGUCAGAACAAGUACAGCCGAUGAACACAGAAAUAGGAAUUAUUUGUGUACAGCUUCCUCCUGCAUUGCGGAAGGUUAUCUUUUGCUUUGCCUUUCAUCACAGUACAAAAACUGAUUUUGCUGUGAGUCUAACUGUGAACGUAUGUACAACAUGUAAAUACACAAUGUAACUAUGUAAAUGCUUCUUUUACUCAGAAUAAAAAGUUCUACC